AUGUUCGGCAAAUUGUGAGUUUCAAAUUUUUAUAAGACACUGAGUGAGCUUCUCCUAUUCCAGUACCUUUUUAGAGUUCUUUUUAUUAUUUUUUUUUUAUGCGAGCAUAAUUAAUUUUCUCGCCUUACAUAGUAGCUGUGGGCUGUGAUGCGUGUUUAGAUAUUUCCUGUAAAUAAAACCGAUAAUGAACUACAAAUACAUGUUUAGCAUUUCCAUUAAGUGAACGAACUAUUCCUUAGAAAAUUUUAGUUCUAUGGGUUUUUUUUUGAAUCGGCACCAAAACGCAACGCGAGCGCUUUGCAAGCCAGAUGGCGUUUCAAAAAAUAGAUUUCACUUGUCUUUUUUUCAGCUUCAUCCUCGCCUUCUGCGCGAUCCUGGCCGUCAGCCAAGCCUUCUACGUCGUCCCAAGCUACUAUCCUUCGGUCUACGCCUAUUCUCCAUACUCUUACAUUCCCACCGUCUAUGCUUGGGGCUCCAACAAGGUAAAAUUUCUAAUUUCUAAAUUCUAAUCAUGAACAAUUUACAGGGCCAAGGGAUCUCCGAGAAUGUUUCAAGAGGAGGCGCCUCAUUGUUGAACAACAUCAACAAGGCCUAA